AUGCCCUGCCUCCAGUCCGAACCGCUGCAGGAGCAGAUGGCCUCGGAUGGAGUGACUCCCGACACUUCCUCUCCUUUCGACUCUCCCUGCCCGGGCGGAAGGGAACAACCCGCGGUGACCAGCGCAGGUUGGUUUUUCUCGCCGCUGUGGAGCCGUCGGACCAAGACACAUCGAUGGGGGUUUGGGAGCGGAGUGGACAGCAACAGGGUGGAGGUUUGGCUGGAUGAUCACUCGUCCAGGGAGAUGGUGGGAGGCUGGUUCGUGGAGACGCUACCCUCUCCUCAGACCUCCAGAGGGCCCAGCAGGUCUCCGUCCGACCCCAGCUCCAGCAUGCUCCUUCUGGGUCGCGGCCGGGACUCCUUCCCCCUGUCCAGCCCCUCCCUCCGGAUCUCCACCUCCAUCCCCUCCCUGCCCCAACCCCCCCCUCACCAGACCUCUACCCUUUCCACCCCCAGUGGGCUCCCCUGCUCACCCCGCUCACCCCGCUCCUCACCCCGCUCUUCACCCCGCUCUCCGAGGAGGACUAGAUCCUGUGGGCGAGGUGAGCCUUGUGGGCGAGCUGAGCCUUGUGGGCGAGGUGAGCCCUGUGGGCGAGGUGAGGGCUGUGACUGGAUGAUGAAGAUACUGGCUGGAGGCUCUGGGAGGAUAGGCUCUGUGGCGGAGCUCUGCCAGGGGGCCCUGCAACAUGCUAUAGAGGUGGUGUGGGCAGAACGCUGCUCUCUGUCUCUGCUCCGACAGGACCAUGAUGGAUGUAGGGGAUUGGUCCAGGUGGUUUCCCUGAUGACGCCGGGCUGCGUGAGGGAAGAGUCUUCCAGCAACCAUGCCCACCAAGAGCUGGUGAAGGGCAUCCUGGGAUAUGUAGUUGCCACAGGGAUGCCCAUGAACAUGACAGGAGACGUCUGUGAGGACCCCAGGUUCACCACAGACGAGGACCAGACGGCAGGUUUCAAACUCAAGAGUGUCCUGAGUGUCCCGAUUAAGAACAGUAGACAGGAGGUUCUAGGAGCAGCUCUGGUGCUGAACAAGAGGAUCAGUGAUGAUGUCCAGAGUUCUCUGUUCACAGACCAGGAUGAGAAGGUCCUGGCCUGUCACAUGGGUCUGCUCGGGCUGGUCCUGGACAAUGUUCAGCUGUUUGAGAGUUCCAGACAGGAAGCCAACCGAUGCCAGGUGUUGUUGACCCUGGCCAGGCUGCUGUCAGAGGAACAGAAGUCGAUGGAGAAUCUCCUGGGCAAGAUGGCCGCCACCAUCCUGCCUUUCGCACGGGCUCAGUACUGUACCAUUUUCAUCGCCAGGGACAGACCCAAGAACUCCUUCUCUGGGCUGGUCCAUAUGGAGGGAGAAGAACAAGGGUCAGAGUUCCAGAUCUUUCAAAGAGACUGUACCCUCUCGGACAUAGACCUGACCCACGCCCUGCAGGUGCUGGUCUCCAAGGAGACAAUGAACGUGUCCGGUGCCGAUCAGGACCCCCACACGGGUAGUCUGGUCUGCUGCCCGAUCAGAAACGGGAAGACAGGACAAAUCAUUGCCGUCUGCCAGCUGAAGAACAAGCUGUGCACGGCCCCUGGCGAGGCGGAGACGGGCAGGGCGUUUAACCGUUAUGAUGAGCGCCUCCUGGAGGACUUUGCGGUGUACUGCGGCCUGGCCCUGCAGACUGUCCAGACCGUCCAACGGAUAGAGUACCAACGAGCCAGUCAGGACGUUACCCAAGAGGUUCUGUCCUACCACCUCACUGCAGCUCAAGAGGAAAUCCGAGCGUUGCAGGAAGCUGAAAUCCCCUCUGCCCAAUCACUGCGCAUCCUGGACUUCAGCUUCUCUGAUUUUGGCCUAUCAGAGGACUCCACGGCUCAGGCCACAGUUAGAAUGUUCCUGGAUCUCAACCUGGUACAGGACUUCAACAUCGACUACAAGGUACUACACACACGCACGCAAAAUGUGGUUCUGAGUGUAAGGCGUGGUUACCGUAGCAAUGUGCCCUACCACAACUGGAGUCACGGCCUCAGCACCGCUCAGUGUAUGUUCGCUAUGAUGAUGUCUACAGACCAGCUACAGUCUAAUUUAUCUCGUCUGGAGGUGUUGGCUCUGAUGAUAGCUACUCUGAACCACGACCUGGAUCACAGAGGAGUCAGUAACUCCUACAUAGAGAGGACUCAGCAGCCUCUAGCCCAGCUGUAUGGAACCUCCUCUCUGGAGCAUCAUCACUAUGACAUGUGCCUCUUCAUCCUCAACAACCCGGGAAGUCAGAUCCUCAGUGGUCUGUGUCCUGAUGACUACAGGACAGUGUUACCCAUGAUAGAGAAAGCCAUCCUGGCUACGGACCUGGCUGUCUACAUGGAGAGGAGGGCAGAGUUCUUUGAACUGGGUCAGAGAGGAGUGAGGUGGGAGGAGGACAGGCACAGAGACUUACUAAGGUCGAUGCUGAUGACAGCCAGCGACAUUGCUGCCAUUACAAAGCCUUGGCAUAUUCAGAAGAGGACAGCCAAGUUGGUGGCAUCAGAGUUUUUCGCUCAAGGAGACCGAGAGAAGGAAGAGUUCAACAUCAAACCUGUCGACAUGAUGAACAGAGACAACAGCACUCGUCUUCCUCACAUGCAGGUCAACUACAUCGAUGGGAUGUGCCAUCCCUUAUACCAGACUCUUUCUGGGAUGUUUGACUCCUGUUCUCCACUGUUGGACGGCCUCAUGAGGAACAGAGAGAAUUGGAUGCUGCUCGCCGAGACGGGGGGAGGAAGGAGGAGGAGAGGAGGAAUAGAGAGAUGAAAGAGAGGAACAGAGAGA